CAUUGGCAGCACUCGGCCUUCACCUCACCACCGACGCUCCAACACACACAAACACGCUUUCACUGACCUGAACCAUGUCGUAUUCAAAUGGUAUACAGGAUCUGGACACGCUGCAUCUCUGGCAGCAGCCCGCGACAGACUGGCUCGGCUCGCUGGACGGCUGGACCGACUUCCCCUUCGACGCCUCCCACCAGCUCAACACCACCACCGACGACGCCGUCGUGCCCCGAGCACUCCAACACGACCUCGCCACCACUGGUCUCGUCGGCAGUUCGAAUUCUGGCCCUUUUGUAGGAGCUUUCAUUCUUGGUCGCCGGCGCUCUGGCCUCUCUAACUGACUCUGGCAGGAUGAACGACAUCUGGACGGCGGACGGACUACCUCGACACGACGAGACGGCACUCUCUCACCAGCGACACGACGACGUCGCUUUACUAUCGGCCUCGCGGCAUCAAAUCCGCAGCCUAGAUCAAGUCUUGCUCACGACUCGAAGAACAGCCGCAAGCGAGACAUCCAUCAUGUCGACAUGAUGCACUCGACAAGUUACACGUACGGCACGACACCCUGCCGACCAGUGCACUCGUCACCAUCCCUUUCGACUCAUGUCGACCAUGUUGAGGUCUACGAACCUGCCGAUUACUGCUCCAAGCUCUCGAGCGUCUAUGAAACUGAACAUGCGCAGUCUGCUACGAAAAAGCCGAGGGUUGACUGCUUUGACUCAAAUCAACAGUCCCCGCCGGCUUUGUUCGCAUCACACUUGUGCCCGUCUUCAGCGUAUGACAUCUCGCCGAGUACGAGUAUAUCAACCCACCUUUCGCCCUCAUCGCAAACUGCAAGUGAAGCGAUGAGUAGGCAGAGUAGUGUGUCUAGUGUGUCGGUGACUGAUGAUUUUGGCAUGAUGCGCGUUGCGUCUUCCUUCUCCACCAAUUCCCAGAUGUUUCCCCUUGAUGAUCUCAGUGUAUCAUGUUCUACAGAAAAGCCACCCGCGGGCGGUCAGCCUACUAUCGUCACAGAUGAUAGUAGCGCUUCGCACCUGCUCAGCAACGUGGGCUACGGCUUAGUUGGUACAGACUUUUCUCUUUUCGAUCAUAGUAUUCCUGAUAUGACUGUUGUCGAACAACAGCAUACUCACAACACCACGCAUGUGGAAGAAGCGCAAGGUAUGGAGCCGACACUGUCUGAACAGCAGGAAAGCUGCGACAACACUGGCAGCGAGCAGAAGAGCUAUGAGCGUCGAAGAAAGCACAUCGAAAAUGCUCGCCAGUCCAUCGCACCCAAAGAUGUGGCAAUCAGCAAACCGGCAACACCCGACAGCAGUGCAUCUCAGAAGCAAGAAAGCGCCGUCAAGCGAAAGGAGGCCAUUUCGAAGGCUCCCUAUGUCCGACCACAACAUCCGAAGCUGAAGUGUAGCAUGUGCAACGAGUUCCCCAAUGGUUUCCGUGGGGAUCACGAACUUCGACGACAUUGGGAGAGAGCGCAUGCAGAGUGUCGUAAGGUAUGGAUCUGCACAGAGCCGACCGUGCGCACUGAGUGGUGGCCUACCAAGCCCCUCGGCAUUUGCAAGCAGUGUAAACAGCAGAAGAACUACUCGGCGUACUACAACGCCGCAGCGCACUUGCGAAGAGCACAUUUCUGCCCUCGAAAACGGGGCCGAAAAGCACGCGGCGAGGAACGAGAGAGCAGAGCUGGCAAAGCGGGUGGCGACUGGCCACCGAUAGAGUGGCUCAAGGCCAACGGCUGGCUGAAGGAAAUCGAAGUAUCAUCGAGGCAGGACGCACUGGAAGAUGGCACCGAAUCUGCUUCGCCUGCUGGCUUCGACGCUGCCGAUCAAGAACUAAUAUACAACGCCACCACUACACACUCAGCAAACAUGGCACCUGAGCCCUACGGACUAACAAACUAUCCACCGACCACCGACUUCAACAUGGGAUACACAACGCCCAUCGAUUCGACGAUGACCUGGCCUAUAGCACCGCCAAUGGAGCACGCCAUCUCAGCUCCAGCGGCUUUUGCAGCAAUGACGCCUGUCUAUACACCUGACGACUUCGGCAUGAUGCACCAGCAGCAUUGUAUGUUUUGAGGGAGCAGGACUGGACAUUUUAUACUUUGAGCAUUGUGGAUAAGACAUUAAUGUACAUAGCCACUCGAGUAAUAUUAUAACAACUCGGCAAGCGAUCCAUCAUCAAGCUCAUGCUCCCCACCGAUCUCGCUGUUUUAGAAAGCCGC